AUGGAGAAUUACUCUGCUGUGACUGAAUUCUUCCUGGUGGGGCUUUCCCAAUACCCAGAGCUCCAGCUUUCUCUGUUCGUGCUCUGCCUCAUCAUGUACCUGAUAAUCCUCCUGGGAAACAGCCUCCUCAUUAUCAUCAGCAUCCUAGAUUCCCGCCUCCACACCCCCAUGUACUUCUCCCUUGGGAACCUCUCAUUUUUGGACAUCUGUUACACAUCCUCUUUUGUUCCUCCAAUGCUUAUCAUAUUUAGCUCUGAAAGAAAAUCCAUCUCCUUCACUGCAUGUGCUCUUCAGAUGGGUGCCUCCCUUGCCUUGGCAUGCACUGAGUUUGUUCUCUUGGCUGUGAUGGCCUAUGACAGGUACACGGCCAUCUGUAACCCACUGAGGUACCCCAUCGUUAUGAACAGGAUACUCUGUGUGCACAUGGCUGCGUGGUCCUGGAUCGUAGGCUGUCUGAACUCCCUAGUGCAAACAGUUCUGACAAUGAUGUUACCUUUUUGUGGGAAUAAUGUCAUUGACCAUCUUGUGUGUGAGUUACUGGUUCUUCUUAAACACAUCUGCUCAGAUAUCUCCAUCAUUGUGCUUAUGUUAACAGUGGGAACUACUGUUUUUUUAGUGAUUCCUCUACUGUUAAUUUUCAUCUCCUAUGUUUUUAUCCUCUCUACCAUCCUGAGACUUAAAUCCACUGAGGGGAUAAAGAAAGCAUUUUCCACCUGUUCAGCCCACCUGGCUGUGGUGAUCUUAUUCUAUGGUUCAGCCCUUUUUAUGUACACGAAACCAAAAUCGAAGGACACAAAGACAUCUGAUGAGAUAAUUGGGCUGUCUUAUGGAGUGGUGGCUCCAAUGUUGAACCCUAUCAUCUAUAGUCUGAGGAACAAGGAGGUAAAAGAGGCUGUGAAGACAGUCCUGAGCAGAUACCUGUACUCACUGAAAAUAUGAAAGACAUUAAGGCAUGCAAUAAUUUCACUUGGGAAAAAUAUAUGCCUUCUGUAUUCACAGAUGAAGUUGUGAAACUCAGAAUCGUGAAAGAUUUGUGGUAGUUAAACCAAAUGUGAGACUCUCGUUUUUACAACAGACAAUGGCCCCUCCCCAAAAGAAAAACCAAACCCAUUGCCAUCGAGUUGAUUUCAACUCAGAGCAACCCUAUCGGACAGGGUAGAACUGCUCCAUACAGUUUCCAAGGUGGAAUCGAACUGCUGACUUUUGGUUAUCAACUGUACCUC